GGCCCCCCGCAGGGCCCGGCCCCGCCGCCCAGACAGGAAGCGCCCGGGAGCCCUGGCCCCGGAUUGGCAGGGGGAUUCUCCAAUUGGGCCGCGGGAGCCCCCGCCGCCGGCCAGCGCCUGCUCCGACGUGCCGGGCGGGAGGCUCGGGCAGCCCGGCUGGGGCCGCGCCAUGGCGAGGGGCGCAGCGCGCCGGGGCUCGGCGGAGGGUCGCUGCGCCCAGUGAGAGCCGCGGAGCGGAGCGGGGAGCAGGGCGCGCCCGAGGGCCGGCCGGCCACCAUGCAGCUCGCAGCCCGGUAACAGCGGGGAAGAUGUGCCCUCCCAUCCCAGGCCUCAGAAGGGUGAUGGUGCUUCUGGCUGCAGCCCUGGCGUCCGCCUCUGUCGCUGCGGGGGAAGGCUGGCCCGAGGAAGGAGUGCAGUACGGCCAGGUGGGAGCGGACGUCGUCCUGUCGUGCGCCGGCGCCCCCGGACGCUCGGGGGUGGAGUGGCGGCGGGACGGGGCGGCCGCGCUCCCGGAGGGCUGCAUCCUGCGGGACGGCGACCUGCUGCUGCCAGAGGCCGAGCUUGCUGCGGGAGGAGACUACAGCUGCCAUGACGGGACCGGGCAGCUCCUCCGCUCCGUCUCCCUCCGGCUGGGCUACCUGCCCGGGAUCCCGUCCGUCACCUGCCGAGCUUCUGACUACGAGAAUUUCUCCUGUUCCUGGACACCCAGCGUGGAGACGUUCCUCCCCACCAGAUACAUCACCACCUACCGGAAGAAAUUGCUGAUGGACGGUGAGAAAUGGAGCAGGACCCAGCCCAGCCAGGUGGGGCCGUGCGUGCAGGACCCCGGGCACCCGCACACCUGCAGCGUGCACAAGUGUGAGUUCUGGAGCUCCUACCGGCUGAACGUCACCGAGGUGAACCCGCUGGGCUCCAGCUUCCGGCUGCUCGAUGUCACCAUGCAGGCCAUCAUUAAGCCGGAUCCUCCGGAAGGCCUGGUGGUGGAGCCGGUCCCGUCGGCCCCGCGGCGGCUGCGGGUUCGCUGGCAGUACCCGGCCUCCUGGCCCAAGCAGCCGCACUUCCAGCUGAAGUUCCGGCUCCAGUACCGGCCCGUCGCGCACGGCUCCUGGUCCAUGGUGGAGACCGUGAACCUCUCUGAAGUCAUCACCGACGCCUUCUCCGGCCUGGAGCACGUGGUGCAGGUUGGCGCCAAGGACUUCCUGGACGCCGGCAACUGGAGCGAGUGGAGUGCCGAGGCGCGGGCCACGCCCGGGCCAGGCCUGACCGUGACGCCAGGCGACGAAGCCACCACUGACGCCGGCCUGGAGAGCCCGGCCGAGAUGCCCUCGCUGGCCCCCAACCCUGAGCCCAUCGAUCGCAGCGACCCCAUGGAGAAGGUCGCCAUCCUGAUCUCACUCGGGAUCUUCUCUUUCUUCAUCCUGGCUGUGGUUCUGGGCAUCACCAUCGCAGUCUGGCUCCGUCUGAGAAAACCCAGCAAAGAUGAGACCAAGAAGCACGACUUCCUGGCAGCUGCCGUGCACAUGAGGGCCCUGCCCAAGGCCCAGAUCUUGUAGCAGGACCUGCAGACACCACCCGCCCAGGACUGUGCGGCCUGCCCCGCCAGCGCUUCACCCGGACCCCAGGACAGACUCUCGCGGGCGCCCGAGGGAGACGGGCCCGGCUCUCGGCGGGCACUGCCAGCUCCCCGGCAGCAGCAGGGGCAGGCGACGGGGUCGGUGCCAUGGUCCGGCCCUGCGCCCGGGUCCUGCCGUUGGCGCCAGCGUGUGGACCUGAGCCGGAUCCGCGCCCAAGGGGGGCGAGGCGGGGGCAUCCCUGGGGCGUCCGCAGAGCUGAGGAGCCCGGGCUCAUGGACAGGGGACCCGGGGACCCCAACCCAGGCGCGUGGCCGGGGUCCUGGCGGAUCCGUGGACAUUGGGAGGCCGGGCUGGGGGUGCCGGUGGGCGUGUGAGGGUGACACUGACCCCUCCCCACCCUGAACCCCCCCUCCAGUGGCUGGGAGGACUCUCCCGCCCCCCCCUCCCCUGGGGCUUCUCCGGCCCCUCGGGGCAGUGCCCUGGGAUCCCAAUAAAGGGGGUUGUGACAGCAGGGUC